GCUGUGUGACAGGGACACCGGUGGCGUCCCGGAAUCGAACAACGACGCACCAACUUUAAAUUGACCUUUUUUUUUUUUUUCAUUGAAAAAAAUAUGAGCGCUGCGGAGUGUGACUGCGGUUUGACUGCGGAGCGGACGCGGACGCCGUGCGCGGUGAGGAUCAUGUCCACGGUGGACGCGGCGCGCGCCUGGAGUCGCUCAUAAAAAAAGAAGGGGGAGAGCUGAGCACCAUGGCGCUGCUGGGCUGGACGGCCGUGAUGGCGUGGGCGCUGAUGAUGUCGCUGCGAGCCCACGACAACGACACGGAGCCCAUCGUGCUGGAGGGCAAGUGUCUGGUGGUGUGCGACUCCAACCCGGCCGCCGGCUGGAGGGCGUCCGACUCGCCGCUCGGCAUCUCCGUGCGCGCCGCCCAUUCCAAGGUGGCCUUCUCGGCCGUGCGCAGCAACAACCACGAACCCUCCGAGAUGAGCAACAAGACCAGGAUCAUCUACUUCGACCAGGUUCUCGUGAACAUCGGAAACUUCUUCACCUUUGAGUCGGUGUUUUUGUCCCCGAGAAAAGGAGUCUACAGUUUUAACUUUCACGUCAUUAAAGUGUACCAGAGUCAGACCAUACAGGUGAACCUGAUGCUGAACGGGAGGCCGGUCAUCUCGGCCUUCGCGGGCGACAAGGACGUGACCCGCGAGGCGGCCACCAACGGAGUCCUGCUCUACCUGGAAAAGGAGGACAAGAUCUACCUGAAGCUGGAAAAGGGCAACCUGGUGGGCGGAUGGCAGUACUCCACCUUCUCCGGCUUUCUGGUCUUUCCGCUGUAAAAAAAGGAAGAAGGAUAAAAAAAAAAUCAGAUCGCGAGCCGAUCGAUUCCUCUUUUGUGGUGUGUCGUCGCUGUAUAGUCAAAACAACAUGGCGGGACAAAACGGACGUUCCCCAAGACGCUUUCUGUCCUGUCAAUCAAACAGAGACAUCCCACGAGCGCUCUGUUGUCAUGGCAACCGUCUCACUCAGGCGUUCACGCCUGUUGUUGUGGACCGACAAUUCCGUUACGUUGUAUCGUCAAAACCGUCCGCGGAAGCCGUGGUUGAAGUUUGGUACGACCGCCGUCGCCUCUCAGUGUCGCCAAUCUGGAAAAUAUAUCCUAAACACGUACGUCGGCUUGACCUUCACCACUUCACACCGCGUAUCCAAGCAACCUGUGAAAGGAUGCUCAGUAAACUACAUCACCUUCAAACUUCAGAAUUCACCUGCGAACUAAAACCUGCGGUCAUGUUGGACUUUUCUUUUUAUGUAUUUUUUUUAGCUUUUAUCCAAACCAACGUUGUAUUUGCUGAGUCAGCAUUAAUAGUGCUGAUGAGUUGAUUGUAAACGACAGUACAAAAAGUCGCAGAGUAGCAGCAUUUUAAAGUGCAUGCAGAGCUAGAUAUGUAUACGAAUGUUAUG